GUCUAAUCGUUGAGUUUGUUCAUUUAAAAAAACACGUGUUUAAAAUGAAGCUCUUAGUUGAAUUUAUCAUUUAUAUUUCCAUGUUUAACACAUCCGUUUUUGCACAAUUUAAUCCAAGUUCUUUUAAAGAAUUCCUUCAGGAACAUUUUCCUUGGGGAUAUCCUUUCUUCACUAUGAAUUUAACAAUGCCGGUGAUGACAACUAAAGGAUUUGUCCAAGGAAAGUUGUUAUCGACGGUCGGUAAGGGCAUGAGGUACUCCAGUUUCUUGGGAAUCCCCUUUGCGCAGCCGCCUGUUGGCAGUCUGAGAUUUAAGCCGCCUAAAGAAGCGAAUUUAUGGGGAGGAUUGUACCAAGCUUUAGAACAAAAAAAUGACUGCCCGCAGUUGGAACUAGCCACUAGCGCCAUCGUCGGUAAAGAAGAUUGUCUUUAUUUAAACGUCUACACCCCGAAGGUCAGCAUAACAGACAUGAAGAAGCGUGCGGUGAUGGUUUGGAUCUACGGAGGAGGUUUUGUAAGUGGUUCCAGCAGCCCUAAGACUUAUGGCCCGGAUUUUCUGAUCGAGGAAGAUGUAGUAGUUGUUGCGAUGAACUACCGCUUGGGAGCGCUGGGGUUCCUGUCCUUGAACCACACCAACGCUACGGGAAAUGCUGGACUCAAGGACCAGAAGAUGGCGCUGGAGUGGGUGCAGAAGGAGAUCGAGAGCUUCGGAGGGGAUCCGAAGAAGGUUACUGUUUUUGGACAAAGCGCGGGAAGUGCUAGUACUUUGUACCAGGUUCUUUCAGAGGCAUCUAGUGGACUGUUCAGGUCCGCCAUUGCUAUGAGUGGGUCGUCAUUGAAUCGCUGGGCAUUCACGCCACCUUCAGAAGCUGUGGCUCGUGCUUUUGCUUUUGGAAGAAGCCUUGGAGUCGAUACUACAGACCCGGAGGUUCUUUUAAAGAAGCUUUAUAGUUUUUCUGCAGAAGAACUCGUCCUAGCGAUGACUAAGAGUACUAACAUUUUUGUGCCAUAUUUGACGCCAACCCUCGAAGAUCCUAGAGCAGAGUCGCCAUUUUUGACGCAAUGCUCAGUCGAUAAGUUAAAAACCAACAAUUUCAACCGAGUGUCAGUAAUGCUAGGAUUCACUAACUUAGAAGCGUUGUCCUUCGUUGGAUUCAGUAGGUAUAUUACAAAGCCUGUUAGUCAGCCAUUUUGUGAACAGUAUUGAU